AUGUCUUCUCCCGCAAGAUUUCAGCGAGUCGUGGCUGGAAUCCAGAAACUGUAUCCCAUAGCGUAUGCAGAUAGCUCCUGGGACAACACCGGGCUGCUGGUGGACGCUUCAGGGGUGAAUAAGAGCGAUAAGUUCCAUAUUCUCCUGACGGUCGACCUGACCCAGUCUGUGGUUGCGGAAGCGAUCAAAGCUCGAUCGUGUCUUGUGCUGGCGUACCAUCCUUUUAUCUUCCGCGGCCUGAAAAGCAUCACUCCGAAUGAUCCCCAGCAGAGCUCGCUGAUAAAGCUGAUCCACCACGGAAUAUCCGUGUACUGCCCCCACACGUCUGUGGACGCAGCCAAGGGUGGAGUGAACGACUGGCUGGCGCUCGCGUUGGGCGAGAUAAAGGAGAAGUCCGUGAUCGAAAAAAACACCGCCGAGGAGGACGUCGGGAUGGGCAGACUAGUGACCCUGUCGCGCGCCGCCAGUCUCAAUGAGCUGGUGCCAAAAAUAAAAAAACACUUAGGAAUCAACCAUCUCCAAUUGGCUACGAAAAAGGACCCGGACACCGCGGCCAUCACGACCGUCGCCGUGUGUGCCGGGUCGGGAGGGUCUGUUUUCCGGAACGUGGAUGCCGAUCUGUAUCUGACGGGAGAGCUGUCGCACCACGAAGCUCUGUAUUUCAAGGAGAAAGGCUCUAGCGUCGUUAUCUGCAACCACUCCAACACAGAAAGGGGGUUUCUUUCCGUGCUGAAGGAGCAGCUGGCCCGCGAGCUUGACGAUCCGGAAAUAGUCAUCGACAUCUCUGCCACCGACAAGGACCCGUUUGUAGUCGUGUAG